AUGGCCUUUGUCCAGCCCGGCUGCCCGGCUAGGUUCGCCUACCAGAAUGAGCAUCGUGUCAAAGGGCUCAACGCAGAAACCCUAGCGAGGGUCUUCCUUCCCACGCCCUCAUGGCUGUCGACUCCGGAGUAUGCAGCAAUCCGGUCAGAUACUGGCAAUCCAUCGACCUGCAUCUUCUUCAGCCUUAAUAUUUCCAUAUACAACCAACAGAUAAUCUCCUCGGAAUGGACCGAGCAAUGGUUCUUCAUGGUCGGCCGUGUUCAUCCCUUUGCCCUGACGUGGAAAUCGAGCGACGUGAUGGCUUGGAUCCGCGAUCACAGCUACCAACCAAUUGUCACUCGCACCCUCAGCUCGGUGGAUACUUUCCCAACGAUACAACCCAUUGUCUCCUUCACGGGACCUGUCAUCGGCUCCGGCCGCGACCUCCUGCAUGGAAACUCGGCUGCGGCCCUUGACGACACCCAGCUGAGCUGCUGCGGCUUUAAUAUGACCGAGAGGCGCGACAGCCAGUUCCAGUCGAACGCUCUCUUCACCUGUACGGGCAAAAUCGCCGGCUUACUGGAUCACCAGAUCAUGAAACAUGCCCCGGCUUUCGACCAAGACUAUAUCUUCAUCGUCGUCCCCGACACGUGGACUUUCCACGACAAGGCCAUGUCCGGCCAGGCUUCUGCAACACAACUACUGCCGACGACACCCAAGAGCGCGCCCCGCCUCCCCACGCCGCAUGCUUCUGGCCCAGUCGAUCCUUAUGCUGGCAUCAAGUCGGUCAUUGCCCGAUCCCUACCAAACCCCAACCAAGAGACCGCGACUUUCUCCCGAAACUUCCACCAUAAUCACCGACUGUGA